AUGGACAUCAUUCUCUUCUUGAUGGGGUACUGCAUCCAGUGCCUGGCGUGCGCGAUGCUGUGUUUCAAGAUCUGGAAGUCGCAAUCGAUAUACGGGCUUUCCAUCGACACCCAGAUCGCGUUCGCCAUCGCCAACGUCACCAGGUGUAUCUGGACCCUGGACACCAGGCUCAUCGAGACCAACUUCGCCUUUCUGGAGCUCAUCCUCAGCACGCUGGUGUCCGUAGGGUGCUGCGCGCUCUGCUGGCGAUACCAGCACACGACGACCAUGCACGCGCUUCCCUGGCUCCGGGUGUACUCGAUUACACCGAUCGCCGCGGUGUUGGCCUUCUUCUUCCACCCAUCUGACCAGUGGCUCUCCGUGCAGAUCCUGGUAGCCUUCACCAUGUACCUAGAGGCGCUCGGUAUGAAUUUAAAUUUACUAUGUUCAUAUGUGAUUUUUGUGUUUCUUCUUUUUGCAAUGAUUCAGGUUCAGGUAUCAUGGGGAAGCUUCGUGGAAUUAUUCGUUUGUCAUGCAGCGAAUUUUCCGAGAAUUCGAAUUGCGCUUCUUCAUCCUCAUCCGACUGUGAUGCACUUUCAAAAUCGAAGCUAAAGCCGAAGGCAAACCGCAAACCGCGUAUACGAAAUUGUGUCAUAAUACAGGUCUUCUCCCACAACUCUGGCUGAUGAAGAAAAUGUACGAUGUGGAGCCGAUCACAAGUCACUACGUUGGUAAGAACUUAAUUCUAUACCGAACUUUUGUUUGACAUGGUUUUGUUUUUGAUACUGCUAGUGAUUUUUGUUGCGAAUUUUUAGUAGCCUGACUACAUCGAUCUAGUUGUACUUUGUCCGGUGUCACAGGAAAAAUGAUCAAGGAACUACAUCAAAAUCAAAAAUAAUUUGCAGGUCUUCUGGUAAUUGCCCGCUUUCUCCGCAUGGUCUUUUGGGGCGUACUCUUCUACAUCGGGGAGCACUUCCUGCAGCUCUUCCUUGCCGACCUGGUUCACACCGUUUUCACCGCAGACUACAUGUACUUGUGGUUCCGAAAACUCAAGUCGGGCGGCAGGCUGAUUUACUCGAUAUAG